AUGGAAGGCGUCUUUGAAAAAAUUGCUCAGGAAACCACCUCAUUUAACCUGGGCGACGAGGACAUAUGGCGUUGUCUUUACGAAGGACACUAUGCAGAGCCACCGGAGACUGUCUCAGUGGUGAAGGAUGUUCGCUACGGCCCUGCAGAGCGGAACCGUCUCGAUGUGUUUUUCCCUACGAACGACAACACUAAAUGGACGAAAAAAUCCAAGCCAGUCUUGAUCUUUGUGCACGGUGGAGGAUUCUUCUCCGGUGAUAAGGGGUGGAGUGAAAAGUGCUGGGCGAAUGUCGGGUAUUUCUUCGCACAACACGGAAUCGUAGUAGUCACUGCAAACCACCAACUCGUGCCUCACGUUCAAUAUCCCGGCGGAGCAGAUGAUAUGCAAAAGGUCCGAGAAUGGAUAUAUCAUAACAUUGCCUCUGAAAAGUACGGAGCAGGGUCUGUUGAUAAGGUUGUUUUGCUGGGCCAUUCUUCGGGGGGAGCACAUAUCGCCAUGAAUCUAUAUGCUGCUGGAGAUCCGAGCCGAGUGCCAAAGCAAGAACUCUUUCCACCGGUUGCUGGUGUAAUCUAUCUCAGUGUGCCUUUUUGGUAUGAUCGCAGAAAGCCAAUCCGACAGAGAGUUAUUCGCCAGUAUUAUGGCUCGGACGCUGAGGACGUUUGGGGCCCCAUAUCAGCACUGGGUUUAUUUGAAAAUCUACCUGAUGAUUCCAUUUUGUUCUUUCACAGGGACUCGGACAAAGUACCGGUUUACCUUGGCUCCGUCAAAUGGGAGGUACAGGAAACCGCAGAUGCAACGACAGCUUUUUUCAACGCAUACCGCAAGCGAAGUAAGCCCGCCGGCACGUUGCCUCUGUUAGACAUCCUGGAUAAGCACAAUCAUCUAAGAAGAUACAGCUCAGGCUAA